UACCUGCCCAGGUGUUUUCAAGGGUUGGGUUGUUGAUCACCGCUUACAGACAGGUUUCGAGAUAUCUUGUUUCGGUCAUCAUUUGCGAGAAAACAGAGACCUCCAAGGGUCUAAAGUGCUGCUGAUGGAGGAGAAAAUGUCCGGAAGGCCAUAUGGUAGUCCACCACCAUAUGAGCCAGGAAGUGAAUACAAUAAUUCAAAUUAUCCUCCAAGCAGAGAUGUUUAUGGAGUGCCAGUUGGUUCUCAGCCAGCCUAUUCCUACUACCCAGAAGAGGAGGUGCAAGAUUUCCAUAAGUGGACUUCUCCCCCUGGCAUCAUAAAGAUACUCUGUGUCAUCAUUGUUGUCAUGUGUGUUGGCAUUUUUGCCUGUGUGGCUUCCACAUUGGCAUGGGAUAUUGAUAUGGCUUAUGGACUCACUGGAACAGGAGUCGGCUACUCAAGUUUUGGUUCUGGUUCCAUGAGUAAUAACUAUGGGAGCUAUGGAAGCUAUGGUGGCUAUGGAGGCUAUGGAUUUGGACAGGGCAUUGGGGGAAAUUACACUGAUCCCAGGGCUGCUAAAGGAUUCAUUAUUGCAAUGGCUGCCAUAUGUUUUAUUGCUUUCAUGGCAAUUUUUGUUAUUAUGGUCUCAAGGUCUUCAAUGGCAAGAUCCAGGAAAUUUUAUUUGAUUGUAAUCAUUAUUGCCUCUAUAUUGGCUGUUUUGAUAUUCAUUGCAACCAUCGUCUACCUACUGGCUGUCAAUCCUGUAGCCCAAUCUGCUGGGUCAGCUUUUUACAAUUAUAUCGUUGGACUGUGCUCACAAUUCAAUACACCUGUGAUGUCUGGAGUUUUCCUCAACCAGUAUCUGUACCACUACUGUGUUGUGGAACCUCAAGAGGCAAUUGCCAUUGUGUUUGGUUUCCUUUGCAUCAUUGCUAUGGCCCUGAUCAUUUUUUUUGCUGUGAAAACCAGACGCAAGAUAAACAAGUACGGAAAAAUGAACAUCGUGUGGGAAAAACAACCUGUUCCCUUUGAAGGUGCACCAGAUGUAGAGGAAUGGGUGAACAAUGUCUCCCCUCCCUCUGGUGAGAUGUCACCGGAGUACCCAGAAAAGGUGAAUGGUACUGUGAGUGACAUGGGGGAUAACCCGAAGGAAUAUCUCAAGCCAAGCUACAGUAAUCCUCACUUGUCUCCUCCCAAUGAGGCAACUAUCCCCUUGAUGAACUUCCCACCUCCUCAAAGCAUGUACAGCAGCAGCUCAGUGGGUACUAACCAGCCUGCUCGGCAGAAGCCACCCAAGAGGAAGAAGCCUGGUCGAGGAAAAAGACCAGAUAUGCAGGAUUAUGAUACUGAUUAUACUACAGGAGCAGAGUCUGCUGAAGAGCUUGAAGAUGAAGACUGGGAUAGCAUCUACCCACCUAUAUCAACAGAUGAGCAGAGGCAGCAGUACAAGAAGGAAUUUGACUCAGACCUUCAGGAAUACAAGAAGAUCCAAUCAGAGAUGGAAAAUAUCAACAGUAAACUGGCUGAAUUGGAUAGCCAGCUGGAUAGCCUACAGGAAGGAACACAGGAGUAUCAGGCUGUUGCUGAAGAAUAUAAUAAUCUAAAGGAUUCUAAAAAGUCUCCAGAUUAUCAGAAAAAGAAGCAGCGCUGUCGACACCUGAAGGGAAAACUCUCUCAUAUCAAGCAGAUGGUUGGCAACUAUGACAGCCACAAGUCCUAGGGACCCAAAGAA